UAUCUUUAUAAUCAUGUUUUUGUUGAUUUUCACAGACCAAUAUCAUAUAAAAAUCUUGAACAUAUAUAUGGAUUUAUCUGAUGGUCAGGAAUAUACAGCAGUCACAAUAAAUCCUGAUGUUUUCUAUCAUUUGAAAGAAGAAGGUUUUAAAUACACUUUGUUUAAUGUGGAAGGCCCAGGUUGUGAUGAAAAUCCGGCUCUGAUUAAGUUUGAAGGAUGUGGCUGUACUGUUUUAAGUUGUUCUGAAGAAAACUGUCAAUGCAAUUUAAAAAAUUAUGAAAACUCAAAACUCAGAAAAUCGAACCCAUUCACUUCACCUCCGAUUUACGAAUGUAACUCAAUGUGUAAAUGCAGUGAUGCAUGUGAAAAUAGACUCGUGCAACAUGGUGUUAAAACAAGACUUGAAGUAUGUAAUAUUCAAUAUAAAGGAAAGGGUGUUAAAUGUUUGGAGAACAUUGAAAAAGGAAGAUUCGUUUGUGAAUAUGCUGGAGAGGUAUUGGGAUAUGAAGAGGCAGUAAAAAGGACUAAGAAUCAGUGUUCAAAAAUUGGUGUAAUGAAUUACAUUAUAUCAGUAUGUGAAUAUAACUCAAAUCCAAAUGAAAAACCGCACAAAUUAACUUUUGUAGAUCCAAAAUAUAUUGGAAACGUUGGGAGAUUUAUCAACCAUAGCUGUGACCCAAAUCUUGUAAUGGUUCCAGUACGGGUAGACUCCGAUGUUCCUCAUCUUGCACUUUUUGCCUGCAAAGACAUUGAAGUCAAUUCGGAGAUCACAUUCAACUAUGCGGGAAACUGCAAAUCUGAUUUUAUUGACAAUUCAAAUGCAAAUCAACAAAACCAAAAGCCAUGUUAUUGCGGUGCAAUAUCUUGUCAGAAAUAUCUUCCCUUCGACAGCACUUCAUUAAUAAUCGAAUAAAUAUUUUACAUUCAUUUCAG